CCCACAUGUUCGUCGCCAUCAUUGCAUCAGAAGAACUGUUUUUGUGAAAAUCAUUCCUGAUUUGACCAAUUUCUUAUCUUACUCUACUUAAAAAGACUAUUCAUCCGUUGUCCACAGAAUUACUACUACGCAUUGAAGAUGCCGAUCUCGUGCCGUUUUUAUGAACAUAAGUUUCCUGAGAAGGAAGAUGUAGUAAUGGUGAAUGUGCGAUCUAUUGCUGAGAUGGGCGCGUAUGUACAUUUACUGGAAUACAACAAUAUAGAAGGCAUGAUACUACUGAGUGAGUUGUCACGACGACGUAUCAGAUCUAUCAAUAAACUCAUCCGUGUUGGAAGAAGUGAGUGUGUAGUUGUCAUCAGGGUGGACAAGGAUAAAGGUUAUAUUGACUUGUCAAAAAGAAGAGUAUCUUCAGAAGAGAUUGCUAAAUGUGAAGAAAAAUACAGCAAAGCAAAAGCUGUGAACAGUAUAUUGCGUCAUGUCGGUGAAAUCCUAGAAUACGAGACAGAUGAACAGUUAGAAGAGCUAUAUCAUAAAACAGCCUGGCAUUUUGACAGGAAAUACGGACAGCCUGGUGCCGCUUAUGAAGCAUUUAAACAUUGUGUUAAUGAUGACUCCUUGUUAAAUGAAUGUACUUUGGAUGAGGAAACUUACAGAGUACUCCUAGCUAAUAUUAAAAGACGACUAACACCACAACAGGUCAAGGUCAGGGCAGGUAGGACAUGCAUUGCAGCAUAG